GUGAUUCUCCGUGCGCAUGCGCUGUUCGUACUCAGUCAAACAGACAUCAUGGCGGACGUGUUGGACCUUCAUGAGGCGGGAGGAGAAGACUUUCCUAUGGAUGAGGAUGGUGACGAAAGCAUCCACAAGUUAAAGGAGAAAGCCAAGAAGAGGAAAGGACGAGGUUUUGGUGCAGAUGAUGGGGCCCGGUCCAGAGCCAAAGAGGACUAUGAUACUGUGGAACAGGACGGAGAUGAGCCUGGGCCUCAGAGAUCUGUAGAAGGCUGGAUCCUGUUUGUGACGGGCGUGCACGAGGAGGCCACAGAGGAAGACAUCCACGAUAAGUUCUCAGAGUUUGGGGAAAUCAAGAACCUCCAUCUUAAUCUGGAUCGCAGAACUGGCUAUCUGAAGGGCUACGCACUGGUGGAGUAUGAGACGUACAAAGAGGCCCAGGCGGCCAUGGAGGGGCUCAACGCUCAGGAUCUGAUGGGCCAGCCUGUCAGUGUAGACUGGGCAUUUGUCAGGGGGCCCCCCAAGAACAAGAGAAGGACCGGUGGGCGGAGACGCAGCAGAAGUCCCGACAGGAGGCGGCGUUAAACACCAUCUUUGGCGCGUGAUAGUUGGAAAGUUUUUGUUUUGUUUUGUUUUUUGUCACAUCUUCAAAUGGAAAGUUCAAAGUUAUUGUAGUAUGUUUCUUAGUAUCUGUGCUUUACAUCCACGUGGAAGCAAACACCAGGAUGAUUUGUUUAAAAUUGGAUAAAAACUGGGUUUUUGUGCAUCUUUUGGCCAACUUUUGUUGCACCAUGUCAAUUUUUUUUUCCUAGUUUGCUCUUUGUGACCUGGAUUUUAUUCCAUUUUUUUAUUGGCUUGAACUGUAUUAAAGUUUUAAAGUGGAAAUAC